GAAAGGGAGACGAAUUCCAAAGAAAUAAACUUGGUCACUAAUUACCUACGUUAGUGAUUGCAAAAUCAACAAACCGCACAUCUUUUCUCCCUUAACAGUUGUCUUCAAUCCUCAGGACAGAAAGGACUCAGUAAUCGCAUCAUUGUCAAUUCAACCCGAGGCUAGACCCGGCGAAUCCAGCAUUUUCCAUGCCGAACAACUCCCUUGAACCAACAUCAUCCAGUCUGCCAAGUCCGGGCAUUUGAUGCUUAAGCGAAGUCGAGACUCGACCAACGACGGCCCGGGCGACAAGAUACUGACCGGCUCACAACACUCUUAAUCAAAAUGGCUAGUAUCGACCGCUAUAGACCGGCUGGUAGAGAAAGCUAUCAACCACCGUCGCUUCCGCCCAAACCACCACCACCAAGCGACCGCCAGUCAAGAUCUCCAACGCGACGACACGGCGCGGCUCUUGUCCCGCCAGCGGCGCCAUCACCACCCGUCCAUUCGUCCCGAAACUCGCCACCACGUCCGGGAAUGGCAAGGCGCGGCCCUCCCGCAGCGUCGCCAUUGCGCCCUCCCAUAACUCCUGCACCCAAGCCGCGAAAGAACAGCCAAUGGUUUUUCACACCAGAUGAAAUCCGUAGCACUCCUAGCAUAGCCGACGGGCUGCGUCCAGCCGAGGAACGGAUGCGCAGGGCCAAAGGUGUCAGCUUCAUCUACCAGGCCGGUGUCCUGCUUGAGCUGCCUCAAAUAACAUUAUGGGUCGCCGCUGUGUUCUUCCACCGAUUCUUCAUGAGGGUCAGCUUGGUGGAGGAGAAGGGUGGCGUUCAUCAUUAUAAUAUCGCUGCAACCUCUUUGUUCUUGGCAAACAAGACACAAGAAGAUUGCCGCAAGACCAAGGACCUCAUUAUUUCAGUGGCACGCGUCGCCCAAAAAAACGCAAAUCUCAUCAUCGAUGAACAGAGCAAGGAGUACUGGCGCUGGAGGGACAGCAUCCUGAUGCACGAAGAAAUUAUGCUAGAAAUCCUGACGUUCGAUCUCAUGGUUAAGGUUCCAUACCAGCCUCUGUUCGAAAACCUCAAGGAGCUUGGCCUGCAACACAACAAGCGUCUGAGGGACGCGGCCUGGGCAUACCUUAACGACUCUUGCUUCAGCACGUUGCCUCUGCUCAUGUCGGCCAAGGAUAUCGCCGCCAGCGCCAUCUUAUUUGCCAGUGCUACGACGGGGGAGAAGGUUGAAGAUAUCAACGGUGAGCCGUGGUGGGUCCUCAUCAAGGCCGACGAGAGCCGUAUAGUGCAGGCCAUCAACGUCAUAGUCGACUUCUACACGGAAAAUCCACUUGGCAAGAAGACGGAUAGGCUUCCAGGUUCGCCGGAAUUUUCACUUGAAAGCACCCGCAGGAGAGGCGAUACCAUCCUCAGCCAGCAGACGGACGCCUCAAGCUACAACGGCACGCCAAUGGAGGUGGAUCGGGGUGGCACGCAGAGCCCUGGCGCCAGGCCUAACGGCAAGCCUGAUCGCGACAGCUCUGGCAGCAACAGCGCGGGUAAGGAUGAGCUCAGGCGGGAGCCGAAUGGCGGCGUGUCUCUGCGACCUGAUGCCAAGGGAGAAUCGGAUGCUGCGCUGAAGGCGGCCGCCAACGACCUGAGCUCCCAUGAUGAAGGUCAGGUGUCGCCAAACAUUAACGAUGUGGCCUCACCGUCGGGCACAAAGAGGUCUGGCGGAGUAUCGGACGCCGAUGGGGACAGAAAGAGAGCUCGUUUGAGUGACGAGGACGAGGACGAGGGCGAAGUUCCCGAGUAAAGCAAUAAAUUAAAUGCAACAGGAACUUGAAUGCAACGGACACAUUAUGCUUUGACAAGGAUCGAGUAUUUUCUCUCUUUUUCUUUUUCUCUUUUCAUUGCCCAUAUACAUCUGCAUACAUAUACGCACGGACAGAUUUUGAGUCUCUGUGCUGCCCUCAAAGUGUUAUUUUCUCAGCGAGUUUCAUUGCGACCGUCUGCGAAACAAUCAACUAUAAGGCUGCACAUGAUCAAAUUUGCGGAGGGCUUGUUUAUGAUAACGCCAUUGUGAAGGAAGCAUGUCAUAACUUGACUGAUCAGGGAAGGCUACAAAGUGAAGCAAAUUUGCCCAUUUCUUUUCUUUCUUUCUUUCCUAUUCUUAUUUUUUUCUUUUUCUUUGGGUUUCCCAUUUUCACUUCUCCUUGGAUCAAUACCUAUGGAAGGCGUUCACGGGGCGCUGCAUAUGGCGUCGGGGGUUCUAUAUCAGGUAGUCAGUCAGGUUUUGUUAGGAAUGGCGGGCGUGAAUCGUCAAAUGGA